AUGGACGCACGAGGACCUCCGUUAUCGUCAGUGUUACCACCACAUUUCUCGAUACUACCGAGUCCUCGAGUGUCUCCCCUUGCUGCCACUUCUCGAUCAUUUACUGGUGUCUGUCCCGACCCCAUUCCAGGCUCCAGUCCGACUAUCGCUGACAUUUUCUUACCUCGACCAGUAGACCAGAAGCUGCAACAUACCAGCAGUCAAUUACGGCUUCGAUUACAAUGGGCCAGCGCGUUCAAGAUGCAAAUUCUAGUAGUACGCAACACCGUCGUAUGUUGUUUCUGCGCUGGCGUGGCCAACGGCGCCUUCUACGUAGGCAACGUCUUUACGUUCAAGUCGUCGGUGGAUCAGUCACUAAAAGAGUUCACGACGGCUAUGUUGGUCUGGAUGGCCAUCACUUAUGCUGUUAUCAUGUUAAUCGCCCACGUACCAAUACUGAUGACCCAGAAAUUCAUCAAAUAUCCCAACAAACGACCAAGUUUCUGGUUUUGUGCAAGCAAGUUGAUGAAAAAGUCUUACAUCGCGUUUGCAGCAUCACUUUCUGGAAUGAUCGCAGUGGGUAUACUCGUGCAACAUACACGGCUGAUGCACGAAUAUUUCCGAUUCAAAAUGCACUUCUAUCUCGCCGUGGUGAACAACCUCACCUUCACAGCUGGCCUCAUGUUCGCAGUGAGACGGAUAUACUACGAAGAGACUUACCAAGGUCGAGAUCGUCGCUCUGCCCAGAGUAAACACAGCUCUACAACUCGAUCGAAAGCUUACAGACCACCAAAGUACCACACGCCAAGUUAUUGGCGCGAGUAUCGGAAUCAUCUCCCUAAUGCUCUUACUAUCGUUAUCGCCGGAGGAUACGUCCAUAUUGUCCUAAUGUGGUGGCAACAUGCUGGAGAACAGGCCUCCGUGAUGACCUUUGCGGUCUUUGGUAUCGUGCUCAAGCUUAUACUUCAAGAAGUUGCGAGGCUUUACGUUCUCAAGAAGAAAAUUCGCAGUACUCGAAUCAUGUGCCUUCUUGUGGGCAUCCCGACCGUGUUGAUUGACACCCAGUCUCGAAUUAUUCUACUUGGCACUCAAACAAAUGCAGUUCUUGUGACGGGGACUUUCGCUUUGGCUAUCGCUGAGGUUUCUCUUCGAGCUGCAAAAGCUGCUUUUGUCGUGUGGACAACUCGUCGUCGAUCGAGAGCUCUAGAUAAAAAGUUACACGAAAUUUCACAUUCACGACAGAAAUCAGCAGAACGAGUAUCUUCGACUGCAACUUUGAAGCUGGAAUUUGAAUUUUGGAGAAAACAAGUUAUUUCUUACCACACAGCAGAAGUGACGGCCGAUAUGUACGCGGAGCAUAUUGCUAUCGGCUGUUCUCAGUCGAUUGUAUUCUGGUGGCUUGGACACCCCUUGUAUCCGGCGAUGCGUGUGGAUGCAAUGUCAGAGCUUGACGCCUCAAGGUUUCUCUUUAAUCAGGUGGCUAUGCUCGGAUUUCAGUGUCUCGUAGAAGUCUUCGUCGACUAUGUGUGUAUCGUUAUGGAGAUGGCAGCAGGCAUCGAGUUUGAUCGAAUCGAAGGCCUCAGUACAUUUUUAGGAGCUCUGUUCAUGACGAUGGCUGUCAUCAAUAUCAACAUAUCCAGUGGCGUUUAUCUAGGUUAG